AUGACGAAUCAAGACCAAAAAGUGGCUUAUGAUGAGAUUAUGGGUGCAGUACAUGAUUGCGUCGGUGGAUUCUUUUUUGUUUAUGGUUACGGUCAGGUUCUGUUGAACGUUGCCUCAAGUGGAAUGUCCUCAUUAUUGUUGCCUAAUGGAAGAACUGCGCACUCGCGCUUUAAGGUUCCAUUAAGCAUUGGUGAAGACUCGAUUUGCGACAUAAAUCCUGGUUCAUCGCUUGCAAGACUCAUCUCAUUUUCGAAGUUAAUAAUUUGGGACGAGGCUCCAAUAUUAAUCGUUGUCCUUAGCGAGGAUUUUCGACAUAUUCUUCCAGUGGUUCCGUUUGGAUCAAGCGAAGAUAUUGUUCGUGCUUGCAAGGUGUUAGAGUUACGUCAAAAUAUGAGGCUCUCUAGAGAUUAUUUGAAUUGCCAUGAUAAAGAGACCAUGGAUUUUGCUACAUGGUUGCUACAGGUUGGUGAUGGAUUGUUUGGGGACAAUAUAGCUGGGGAAUCCAAAAUACAAACACCUCAUGAGUUUCUUUUAACAUCUGAGAAAUCUUUAAUAGGCGAUUUAGUUGAUUUUGCCUUUCCUAAUAUGCUAAAUUCACUGUCAAAUUAUGAUUUUUUCAAGAAAAGAUGUAUUUUGGUUCCUACUCUCGAUGUCGUGUCAGAAGUUAACACCUAUGUCAUGUCACUGAUUCCUAGUGAGCGCAAAGAAUAUUUGAGUUCUGAUUAUGUGUGUACAGAGGAAGGUAACAUGGAAGCUGAACUAUACACGAUGAGUCCAGAGAUGUUGAAUUUGAUUAAUUUUUUAGGAAUUCCACAACACAAGUUAGAACUCAAGUUUGGUGUUCCCAUAAUGCUGUUACGAAACAUUGAUCAAUCAAAUGGGUUAUGUAAUGGAAUAGAGCUCCAAGUUUGGCGACUUGGAGAUCAUGUUGUGGAAUGUUUGAUUCUUAUAGGUCGCAACGUUGGCGAUGUUGUCUUGAUUCCUCGCAUGAAUUUGGUCCCUAACAACAAAAAACUAGCAGUGAAAUUUACACGUAGACAGUUUCCAUUGAUGCUGUCUUUUGCAAUGACAAUAAAUAAGUCUCAAGAAUAG